CGAAACUAACCGCUGUCAAAACUUUGCAGUUUCUCUUCCCAAUCUGAAAACGCGUUGAAUUUCUGAAGCCCACUGUUUCCAUUUCUCUGGUGCUUUCUGGUCUUUCAUCGUUUUCUAUAUCUAUACUCUGAGAGAAGCAUUUCAAUUCGUUUCUAGGAAGAAAUGGAUCAAACCCAGAAGGAUUUUCCAAUCCUCUCGUAUCUUCUGUUCCAACUUGAUCCCAACUCUCAUCCACCGCUCCAACAAGAACUUGAACAAAGUCUCAGAACUCAAUUUCCCCAUCUCAACAAUCCAAAACUUCUCUCCUCACUGACCCAAGCCAUUCCUACCUCAGUCUUCCAGACCCAAGUCCUCCUCAAAGCGUUAGGUCCCCGACCUGACCCGGAAACUGUGUCCACGGCCCGAAUCAAGAUGGCCCGGGUUGGAGAAUCGGGUGAGAUGGACAAGGAGGUGGAGAUAUACAAGGCGGUGGUGAGGAUGGAUGAGAUGCACGAGGAGUAUGUGAGGCAGUUAAGAGAAGUGGAGGAUAGGCUCGUUGGGAUUUAUAGGAAUGCUGUGGGGGGAUUUGAGAAUGAUGAAGUGAACGAGGAGGUUGUUGCGAUACUGAAAGCAGCAGAGAGUGGUGGUGUUGUGGAAAGAGUGGAUCUUUCUGGGCGGCAAUUGAGGUUAUUUCCUGAGGCUUUUGGUAGGCUUCAUGGGUUGCUUCUGCUCAAUCUCUCUCACAAUCAGCUAGAGGUCAUUCCUGAUUCAAUUGCAGGACUUGUGAAACUUGAGGAGCUUGAUGUUUCUUCAAAUCUUCUUGUCUCAUUCCCUGACUCUAUUGGAUUGUUGCGAAAUCUUAAGGUCCUAAAUGUGUCGGGAAACAAGUUGAAUGCACUCCCUGAAAGUGUUGCUCUUUGCAGUUCUUUGGUGGAAUUGGAUGCUAGCUUUAACAACUUGAUGUCUUUACCAACAAAUAUUGGGUAUGGGCUGGGGAAUCUUGAAAGGCUUUCUAUCCAGCUGAAUAAGAUCCGUUUUCUUCCACCAUCUCUUUGUGAAAUGAAGUCUUUGAGAUACUUGGAUGUUCACUUCAAUGAGCUUCAUGGCCUACCACACGCCAUUGGCAGAUUGACAAAUCUUGAGGUCCUGAACUUAAGCAGUAAUUUCAGUGACUUGACUGAACUUCCUGAAACUAUCGGUGAUCUAACUAACCUGAGAGAGCUCAAUCUGAGCAACAAUCAAAUCCGAGCUCUCCCCAUCUCAUUUGGUAGGCUUGAAAAUCUGAACAAGCUGAACUUGGAUGAAAAUCCACUUGUAAUUCCUCCAAAGGAGAUAGUGCACAAGGGUGUUCCAGCUGUCAGGGAGUUCAUGCAAAAGAGGUGGCUCGACAUUUUAGCCGCGGAACAGCAGAGGAGAGUGCAGGAGUCGAAUCAGCAACAAGCUCAAACUGGAUGGCUGGCAUGGGGCAAUUCCAUGUUGCAUAACAUAGUGUCUGGGGUUUCUGGAAGUGUUUCAGAAUAUCUAGGAGGAACAAAAGCUCCACGAGAUCCAUAUCUGGACCAGCAGCUUUGAGUUUUACUCAACUUAUGGUUUGUUUCUGCAAAUGCUGUGUGUAUAAUUUUGGCAGCAUGUAAAGCUGGUGAAUUUGCCUUUCCGUCUCUGUUAAGCUGUUGCAUCUCUACGAACUUUGAAUAAAACUGUGUAAUCUGUGCUACUAAGUAUCAGCUUAUGUGAUAGAAUACAUGUCAUUACGAAGGACUGCAAACUGCUUAAAAUUAGCAUGAAAGGCAGGCUAAGGCCAUUUUGGUUUAAA